AUGGAAAGAUGUGAACUUGACGUUGUCAAUGCGUCCUUCUUUAAAGAACUGAAAUUCACUGUAAGGAAAUAUUCGCGAACCGGUAAAAGAUAUCUCAACGCAUAUGCUGCACUUGUGAAGCCCUUGAGAAAAAAUAUGAUGGUAACGAUUACAUUCGAAGAGUAUCUACAUAAUGAAUACAGACCAACCUUUAUACAUUUCGAUUUCAAGUGGUGUGACCUGUUAGAGUCACCAUUUAUGCUCUUGAAGGAAAGAUAUGGGAUCCCAUGUCCUACGACACCGAUGGAGUAUACUAUACCUAAUAUUACAAUAUAUACCGAAACAUUACCAGAAGCAUUUCCCAUUCGUCAAGGAAGGAUACAUAUUCGAGCAUACGAAGCAAGUCCUAAAAUUGCAAUUGCCUCUGGAUAUUUAUACGCGUCUUUUACAAAAAAACUGAAACAUUGA